CCUGCAGCAGAGGAGGAAGGAAGGGGGAGAAGGAGGACUCAGCCCCCCAAUAGGUUGAGCUAUGAACGGCUUGGAGGAGCAGCCAACUCAACCUUGACCGGUUCGGCUCUCAUGCUAGGCGAUGAUGCGGAAGAUGAAAGCGAGGAGUGCGCUUUUGCCUUCUUCUCUCCGGUGGAGAUACCGGGGGAGCCUACAAAUCCCAAGGAGGCUUGGGAGGGCCCCAAUGGGAAGGAGUGGAAGAAGGCCUCAGAUGAAGAAAUGGGGAGCAUCAUUGAGAACGACACGUUUGACUUGGUGAACCUACCUCCGGGGCGUAAGGCGAUCUCUUCCAAGUGGCUCUUCAAGCGCAAGACCGACGCCGACGGCAACAUUGAGCGCUACAAGAGCAGAAUUGUAGCCAAGGGGUACCAGCAGCAGGAGAAGAAAUACUACAAUGAAGUGUAUGCUCCUGUGGUGAAGGGUACAACCCUUCGAACUCUCUUCGCCGCGGCGGCCAUCAAAGGAUGGGUGGUGAAGCAAAUGGACAUCGUAACGGCCUUCCUCAACGGAGUUUUGGAGGAAGAGACCUACAUGGAGCAGCCAGAGGGGUACAAUGAUGGGAGUGGCAGAGUGUGGAAGCUGAAGAAAGCACUCUAUGGCCUCAAGCAAGCCCCUAGGCAAUGGUACAUCAAGCUGCGGGAAGUCUUGGAGGCGAUCGGUUUCACUCCCUCAACGGCCGAUCAAUCAUUGUUCAUGCUUGGCGAGGGGGAGCAGAGGAGCUUCAUGGUGGUUUAUGUGGAUGACAUCCUCAUAUUCUCACCCUCCUCUGACCUUGUGAAGGAGGUGAUGCUGAAGCUUCAAGACAAGUUCAAGUGCAAGACCCUUGGUGACGUCAACUACUACCUUGGGCUUCACAUUGAGCGAGAUGUAGCAGCUGGAGAGAGGGUGGCCAAGUACCUUGGCCAAACAGCAACUGUUGGACUGCAAUACUCCGCGGCGGCACAAAGGCGUCAAAAGGGUGCGGAUGGAGUCGAACCCGGGAGGCUCUUUCUCACCGCCUUCUCUGAUGCAUCUUGGGCAUCAGAACCAGAGGAUAUGACAAGUGUGGGAGGCUUCAUCUGCUGUGUUGGUGGAGGCCCAACAGCUUGGGAGAGCAAGAAGCAAGUGGACCAAGCAUUGAGCUCGGUGGAGUCCGAGUACAUGGCACUCUUCCGUGCCAUAAGGGAGGUUGUGUGGCAGCGGCGUUUGCUAGCUGAAUUGGGGGAGGAGCAGCAAGGACCUACCCCACUCUAUUCUGAUAGCCAGGGUGCUAUUGCAUUGGCUAAGAACCCGGUUCUUCAUGGCCUUACCAAGCACAUGAAGGUGAAGUGGCAUUGGGUGAGGAGCGUGGUAACCUAGUGUGAAGUGGAGUUGCACUAUGUGAAGACGACGGCGCAGCCAGCUGAUAUGAUGUCCAAGAGGCUGGUUGAGCAGCAGCAUUGGAAGUGUUGCAAGCUUGCUGGGAUGGCUCUAAACUAAGGGGAGCAGAUUCUAAGGCCAACAAUCCGAGGGGGAGUUUGUUGGUGCAACCCUAUGGCUUGCAAUCGGCUUGUCGUCCUUGUUUGUGUGUGUGCAUGCAUGGCAUGGAAUGAAUUGUGAGUCUAUGU